AUGAAAACACAGCUGCACUCAGGCUAUGAUUGCGACCAAAAUGUCGAACUUGAAGGCAUUUUAGUGCCCACUACACAGCAAUCACACAGGAACUGCAGGCUGCUCCUUAUGAAGUGGAAGGGUAAAGUCAUGCUCACGGAGGAGAAAAAGAUGAGCGGGUCGUAUGCCAUCAACGUGCUCAAGAAGAAGUUUAUAAUUGAUAACGAUGAGGUCGAGAGAAAAAUGAGUAUCCUUGGCUGCUGCUCGGGAACGACAGCCGUUCCUACUUGGCUUACACUUACAAUCGAACAGAUCGGUGAUGCACAAGUCGGGUGCUCCUCUGGCAAGGUUGUCAAGUCUUUCCAUUUCACUGGCGUACACAACCUCGAUUGUGUCAUGCUUUGGAUUUGGCGCGACCUUUUCAUAGUCAUGCUUGCCGAUGGCACUAAGUGUCAGAAGUCUGCCAUUCCAGAUAUGCUAGAUGAUAUUUGCUCCCAAUUUGGCUGGAACGCCCUCAAGCUAUUACUCUACGGUGGUCAAAAAUGUAAGCUCCACUGA